AUGCGGUUUGCAUUUGGAGUAAUUGACAGAAAUGAAGGGCCGAAAAGAAAGAAUCCAUCUACUACGUGCGUUGGAGUCUCCAGUAGAACUAGAGCUAGAAAGGCGGUCUCAGCUGGGAAUGAGCCGGCAAGAGAAACGACUGUAGUUUCUCUCUCUGUUGAUUCAGAAAGUGAUGACAUGUCUGCUGUAUCAUCUAAGGCAAGGCAACCACCACAGCCCCUUGAAUUAUGCUUCAAGAGCACAGAGUUCACGAAGACUUGCAAGAUUCAAACCAAGUGCCUUGUGAAGAAUACAGUGGACGUGAUUAAGAAGCUUAAGGAGGAGGUUAAAUGGUUCACAACCCAUCCUCAAUUUCGUCACUUCUUCCACAUGCCUGAUGAACAAUACCUGAAGCUCCAAGGAAUGUGGAUGUUACUCUUGCGCACCAUUUCGACUGAAGAAGAAGAUGUUGCAUGGUUUGGUGUGAAUGGUGUUCCCAUCCGCUAUUCUAUGAGGGAGCAUGCCCUCAUCUCGGGCUUAGACUGCCAUGAGUAUCCGAGGAAAUAUUUGAAGCUCGGGAGUACGAAGUUUGUGGAUUAUUACUUCGGUGGACUAAAGAAGAUCACCAUAACAGAUGUGGAGCACAAGCUGUUGUCUAUGAAGACGCCAUGCAAUGAUAGAUUGAAGAUGGCUGUCUUGUUCUUCCUUGGUCGGGUUAUCAGAGGACAGGCAAAGGAUUGCGGACCAGUAGACCCGUUCAUCUUAAGGAUCGUGGAAGAUUUGGAUGUUUGCAGAACAUUUCCAUGGGGUCGUUUGACAUUUGAAGAUGCAAUAAAGAACAUCAAGCAUAUGAUGGAGCUUCUGAAGGGUGAAGUGCACUCGGCAUGCGGCUUUCCUGGAUUCAUAAUUCCAUUAGAGGUAAAGCAUACAAUUUAG